AGCCUGUGUGGCUCAAUGAUCGCUGCACCUGGCUUCCGAACCAGGGCGCCACUGAACUUCAUAUAGACACCAGGCGAGAGACCAGGGAUGCUCGUGGCCCGGGGGCCCGCGCGGGCCGCGGCGGUGCUCGGCGCCCUGGGCAUCGCCUCCGCGCUGGCACGGACGGGCCACGAGGACGCGCGGGGCCCCCUCGCGUUCCUGCAGGUCGACAGCGCAGUGGAGGGCGAGGCCACGAAGCGCUCGCCUGCCGAGUCGGUGGCCUUGAAGGAGGCGCGGAGGAUCGAGCGCGAGACCAGGGAGGAGGCCAAGAGGGAGCGUGAUGCCAAGCGUGCGGAGCGGAACGCCCAGAGGAAGGCCGAGCGCGAGGCCAGGGAGAGGGCCGACGCCGCCCAGCAGGCCCAGCGCGAGGCCGAUCUGCAGGCCCAGCAGGAGGCCGAGGACGCCGCCGAGCGCGCGCUGCUGGCCGAGUUCGAGGCCAAGAAGAAGACCGCUUCGGCACUCCAGGAGAAGUCGGAGGCCGGGGUUGAGCCCACCAAGGGCGAGGCCACCGAGACGGCCGCCGCAGCCAGGGCGGCGCAGGCGGGCGCCGAGGGCGUGGCGGCGCAGGACGAGAAGAAUGAGGACCUCGAGGCCGAAGACGCCGCCGAGGAUGCAGCCGAGCGCGCUUUGUUGGCCGAGUUCGAGGCAAAGAAGAAGGCCUCGCCACCGCUCCAGGAGGCGUCGGAGGCCACGGCCAAGCCCACCAGGGCGGGGGGCAACACAGAGACGGCUAACGCCGCCGAAAAGGUGGAGCCGAGGGCCGAGAAGGCGGAGUCGCAGGGCAAGGCCGAAGACGACGCGGAGGCCCAAGAGGGCGCCGAGGACGAGGCCGAGCGCGCACUGUUGGCCGAGUCCGCGGCCAAGAAGGUGGCCGCGCCCGCCCCGCAGGCGACGAACGCCGCCCAGGCACAGGCACCGGAGGGUCUCGAGGCCGAGUUCGCGGAGGCCGAGCGCGAACUCCAGGAGAAGACCCGGCGGUCCAAGGCGCAGGCCGAGGCUGAGGGGUGGAGGGCCACCAACGCCGAGCUGGAGGCCGCCGAGGCGGACUCCGAGAUCCAGGCGGCGGGCCGGGCCGAGAAGGCGGCUGCCGCCAGGGCCGGGGCGGCCGGCGCCAGCGCGGGUGCGGCGGAGGAUGCCGCCGGGCUGGACUGGCAGAGGGAGGCGCAGCGCCUGGAGGAGCUGGACCAGGCCCGGGAGCGGCAGGAGGCCGAGGCGGAGGAGCGGCGCAUGGCCAAGGCUGCGGAGCGGAUGGCGGAGAUCCAGGCCAAAGAACAGCAGCAGGCGGCCGCCGAGUCGGCCAAGACGGCCGUCUCGCUGCGCUCGCUGGCCAGCGGCGCGCUGGUCGACGCGGCGGUCAUGCAGGCUGGCGGCGUUGCGUACCAGGAGGCGCUGGACGAGGCCGCUGAGCGGAUGGCGGCCAAGGCGGCCGAGGAGCGGCUGAUCAAGGCCCAGCAGGACGACAUAGACUCCCUGAUGGCCCAGGAGGACCCCGCGGACGUGCGGGAGGACAAGAGGACCCACAUCCUCAAGUUUGGCUACACGAAGCAGGGGGCCUGCCCUGAAGGGGAGGACUGCUUCGUCCACACCAUGAGCAACCAGCGGGGGAACCUGCACAAGCCGCUGGUGGUCCAGCUCAACCGUGGAAAGCUGGGGCACCACAUGUUCCAGUGGGCGGCCGCCCUCUCCCUCGCGAAGGAGCUCAAAGACAGGGAGUUCCGCCUGGUCCUCCGCGAGGGCAGGUACGAGCCGGCGAGCACGCUUCAGAUGGCCCGUCUUCGGCCGGUGGUCUGGAACUCGUCUGACUAUGAGAUGCUGCAGAAGAACAAGCAGAAAUGCCACAUGUGGGACAAGAUGCCGCUUGUCAUUGACUCAAACAUGGAGUCUUUCAAUGAGGAGGUCUCCUGGGGAUCGGCGAAGGGCGAGUAUCACACUCCAGCUGUUUUCGAGCCGCCAGAUGACGGGAACUUGGCCGCAGCCGUGGCAAAAUCUUUCCUGCACACCGAAACGCCGCACAAAUGCCGCUUCUGGGAGCUGGACGGGUACUUCUUGAAUCAGGGGUUCUUCCGUCACCACAUCGAUUUGGUCCGCGCAGCGUUCUGGGACGAGGGAACUGCCGCCAAGGCGGAGGACACUCUGCGAUGGCUCCUCUGGAACGAGAAGGCGAAGGGAGCAGCUGUGGGCAUCCACAUCCGAUUCGGAGACGACGAUUUCACAGGGCGAACUCUGCUCACGUCGUACUAUUCCAAGGCACUUGCAGAGAUCAAGAAUCGAUCUCCGGACGCCCCCUUGACGUGCAUGAUCUUCUCCGACAAGAUGGGCGAAGCUAUGAAAAGGAGCAAGCGGUUCGAGCUGUGCGACUCGCGCAUCCCGAUGCCCACGACGAUGGCCGACCAGAAGACUUUCUACAUGAUGAGCCUGCUGCCGAAUCUCGUCAUCGCGGAUUCCGUGUUCUCCUUCUGGGCCGCACGGGUCUCGCCGAACGAUCCGUUCGUUGUGGCGCCCGAGAUCCAAACGGGCGUGCCCCACCGGGACAAGGAGUACGAGUACCUCGCGCAGACACCUGGGUGGACGACGAUCGAGACCAACGUGACGUCUGUUGGCCCAGGUGCCCAGAAGCAGGUCGACGAGCAGGUGGAGGUAAUUAAGGACACGCCUUCUGGCUACCUGAGGUUGGGGGAAGGCCACUGCAGGAACGGUUACUACACCGGCCACGUGGUGGAAGAGGCAAUCGAUACUUUCACGUGCGCAAAGAAGUGCAACUCGGAGAAGAAUUGCAUGUUUUUCUCCUUGCAGAAGAGGAAGACCUGCUCGCGGUACAACAGCAACGCGGGCGCGUGCGACCUCGCCGUCUCAAGAGGCGGCACGGACGUCCCCAAGAUGGUCCGCAAGAUGGUCCAAGAGAGCCGCGAGUCGCCCAGCUUCACUUUGCAUGAUUAUCACCUGUCUAGAGGUGUUCAGCCACGCGCCUCGGCGCCAAUCGUUCGGUGGCUGCUGUGACGGAUGGAAGGAAACAGAUCGGCCCUUUGCGAAGUCUGUGGCGCAUUCUCGCCCCAAAUCCCCGAGCUGAUCCCCCCUAAACUUGCCGCUCAGCAAAGGAGGAGAACUCGGGGAUACACACCGAGGCUAUCCGGCCGCACCUCUAUCGAGGAUGGACGCCCCCCAUCGUGCACCCCCCGAGCUGGGCCCCAGAAUAAUGUUGUUAAGCUCUCUGCCCGGGAGUGAUUUAUCCGACUCCAUUGCUAGAGAAACCGAUCUAUCUGGAUUCGGACCUCCUGGGAACAUCUAGGCCUCCUAGAUGGGGUCGGAGUAGAUGGGGUCGGAGGAUCGCGCCGCAUCGCCGAUGCAUCGGCGAUGCGGCUCGAUGUUGGGCCCAAUUCUCUCCACGCCGACGUCGCCGCUGCAUCGCCGACGCCGCCAGCGCAUGGCCGAUGUAUCGGCGAUGCGGCGAGAUCCACCCCAUCUAGGAGGCCUCUAGACCAACAUAAUCAUAUCC